AUGAAAGGCACAUCGUUCGCAUUGCAUGUGAGUGCAGCUAGCGCUAUGGCUUAUGGAUACAACUCCUUGCAUUCGCUCAAGAUAAAUGAGUGGAUAUCAACGCAGUACGGAGGUCAUCUCCAAUUCUUGACCAUCCAGGGUCUCGUUAUUGCAUGGGCAACCAUGACGAUUGGCGCGGUGGAAGACGUAUUCCCCUCCAUCCCAGGAGUGCGCGCAGUAAAACGCGGGCUAUUAAUGCUUUCGACACCCGUUGCUACCAUCGUGUCGACGAUUUAUUGGACGUUGCUCCUCGCUUUCCCCCAUCUCAUCCUCCAAGCUAUGCCAUCAGAGUCACUUGAAGCCGUUAUGAUUCCCCUUCGCAUCGACGUUUGUCUUCACCUGGUACCCUGCCUCUCGUUGUUGGCAGAUUUCUUCUGGUUUGAACCCAAGUUUGGUCGAAGUGCAAUGCUAUAUACCGCCCCAUUCUUGUCUCUGGUCUGCACUGUGUGGUAUGGGUGGUGGGUUGAAUUGUGUGCUAAACACAACAAUACCUUCCCUUAUCCAUUCCUCACACUUUCGCCGCUUGACAUACGCAUUCGGAUUUAUGCUGGCGCUGGAUUGGUCGCCUGCGCGUCGUUUUACGUGCUAAACGCGUUGCACAAGUAG